GGUUGGAGCUCUGACCGGGGGCAGGCGAGCGACAGUUGGAGUUCUGACCCGGGCGGGCGGGCGACAGUUGGAGUUCUGACCCGGGCGCCGGACGGUUGGAGCUCUGACCCGGGCGGGCGAGCGACAGUUGGAGUUCUGACCCGGGCGGGCGGGCGCCGGACAGUUGGAGUUCUGACCCGGGCGGGCGGGCGCCGGACAGUUGGAGCUCUGACCCGGGUGGGUGCGCGCCCAACGACUGCAAGGAGACCGAGUGUGUGAGGCGGUUCUUGACCUCAUGGCCGCCGAGAAGACCGAAUCGACGCCGACGUGGCCCGCUGACAACUCACUCUGGUGGGUGUUGGCGGUGGAGCGCUACCUGCUGAACGAGGCCCGCUCCCACCGAUACGACGUGACCCUCCACGGCGGAGGACUCGACCAUCCGGUUCCACUCAAAUGUCUGCUCGCACCGCAACUCAACCGCUUGGUACAGAGGAAUGAUGUGCGCCUGGGCUGCCGGCUCAGGGUGGGGCAGUGGUCGGUACGGGCGGACGGGGUGAAAGUAAUGGAGAAAGUCGAGGUGCUGAGGGAUUGCACACCUCCCCCACUUCUGACUCUGGCUCAACCUGCAUCCCGCCCUUUGCUCAGCCCCACAAGCCAUUACCUGCCACUUUGGGAGGAAAGCGACUAUUAUGGGGAGAAAUGGACCGUGCAAACUUGCAGCCAAGACCAAGUCAACAUGGAAGGCACACUUUGAUGUUGGUGACUGUUCAGGUAUGGUGUCAAUGUUUCUGUGGAACUCAUAUUGUCCAAGAUUCUUCAGGAGUCUUGAGGUUGGGUCAGUAAUAUUUGUGAAGCAGUACUCUGUGAAGGAUGCAUAUCAGAAGAGAAAGCAACCAGUUUCAU